AUGUUUUCGCCCGAGAGUGACCUGCAACAACAGUCAGUGUCGGGAAAUGGAUUGCAACAGGAUCCAGCAGUGCAAAAUCAGCAACAGCAGCCGCAGCUACCGACAUUCAUUCGUCCACAGAUGUUUCCGCCAACACAACCUCAACCUAACCUCCCGCAACAGCAGCAGCAACAACAACAAAAUUUCACGUCGAUCGAUCCAACGAUGUUGCAAUUUUUGCAACAAAUGCAACAGCAAAUGCAGCAGCAGAUGCAACAGUCAUUGCAACAGCAGAUGCAGCAACAAUUUCAAGCGCAGGUACAGCAGCAGCAAGCAUUUUUGAAGCAGCAAGAGCAGAUGUUUCGAGCGGUGAUGUCGGCCAUCAAUGUUCAGGUGCCGACGAACCCGGAGCAGAUACUUGAUUCGCUGGCGAGCAAUAUCAUCGAAUUCCGGUACGAUCCGGAUCAACACAUCACAUUUGCUGGAUGGUACGUGCGAUACCAGGAUUUGUUUGCGAAAGAUGCCGUUCGACUCGACGAUGAAGCAAAGGUGAGAUUGUUGCUGAGAAAACUGGGGCCGUCAGAGCACGAGCGAUAUACCAGCUAUAUCCUACCGAAAAGCCCCAACGAAGUGAAGUUCGACGACACGGUGAGUAAGCUGAAGAGUUUAUUCGGCAUCCCAGAAUCCGUGAUCAGCAAACGGUAUCGGUGCUUGCAAGUCACGAAGCAAGCCACCGAAGACUACAAAACGUUCGCAUGCCGGGUGAACAAGCUGUGUGUCGAAUUUGAACUGGGGAAGCUUUCGGAGGACCAGUUCAAAUGCCUCGUGUUUGUAUGUGGACUGAAGGCAGAAAGCGAUGCGGAAGUCAGGACCAGGUUGCUGAGCAGAAUCGAGGAGCGGAACGACAUUACGUUGGAGCAGAUUUCCGAUGAAUGUCAACGUCUUCUGAACCUUAGGCACGAUACGGCGAUGAUAGAGGCAGCGUCUUCGUCAACAGCAGUGCAGGCAGUUAGACGAAAGCAGUUCGAUGGGAAGCAUUCCCGCGCAGGACGGGGAUCGCCAGAGUCAAGAUCUUCAAAUCAGCGGGGUGCCGGUCCAGCAGCGCCUUGUUGGAACUGUGGUGCAAUGCAUUAUUCGAGAGACUGUCCUUUCAUCAGACAUCGGUGCGGUCAAGUGGGCCACAAAGAUGGGUACUGCGCUAGUGCCAAGAAGGUGAAGUCUCCAGGCAAGCGCCACCCAUCCAAGCUGAUGGUAACGAGAAGUGUGCAAGUAAAGAACGUUCGAAAGCGAAGGAGAUUUGUGAAGGCGGAAGUAAACGGCCGGCAGAUCAGUCUUCAACUCGACACUGCCUCGGACAUCAGCGUCAUUUCCGAGCAGACAUGGAGGCAGAUUGGAAUGCCAACAACAGGCCCUGCGACAGUCCAAGCUGCCACAGCCUCGGGCAAGCCCUUGAAGCUAGAAUUCGAAUGCUUAUGUGAAGUUGUGAUCAAGGGGGAGAGGCGUCAUGGUCGAUUCUUUGUGGUUAAGCAGAAACUCAAUCUGCUUGGACUGGAUCUAAUCGACACGUUCAACCUCGGAUCGUUGCCUAUGGAUCAGUUUUGUAAUCAAAUCAACAUCUAUCCAACAUCAAUCAGCGCGCUCCAAGCAGCUUUUCCAACGGUAUUCAGCGACGAUCCAGGGUUGUGCUCGAAGGUGAAGUGA